UCGAUGAGGACUUCCCUGAGCAGCAUUUGCUGGACGUACAGAAACUCUGCAGUAAACACCUGCUAUCCUCCCUUGUUUUACUAAAACCAUAGGAAAGUGGAGAGGAGUGCUGCUGAGUUCUUUCUGCUGGAGGAUGCAGUGCUGCACUUUACUCGUUUAAUGGACAGGCAUCUCUACCAGCCUCACUUGUGCGACGUGGACCUCUUGCUGGUUUCCUCCCACAAGGACGUGCUGUGUGACCACAUCCCCUACUUCCAGGCCCUCCUCUCCCAGAGUCAACCGCUGCACUGCAUAAACCUGGCCUUUCAGUUGCUAAGUAUCCAAAUCCUCAACAUCAUCCAUAUCUCCAUCUUCGGAGUCCUACAAGUGGCAAUUGUGCUCCAGAUGAGUUCCUGCCACAAGCUACUUGGGUCCAAUGAGAUGGCAGACACAGACGGGCAGGGUACUGCCUCGUCCAAUCAGAUGUACAAGAUGAAAGAGCUUGAGAAGAUGUACACACAACAAGGAAAUGGUACAUUCUCAUUGCUUGACAGUGGGGUCAGUAGGGAAGUUACGCAGACACAUUCAUCUAUCGUCCACUCCAGCCCUCAAGCCAAACACUUCUACAAAAAAGAUGACAGUGGAGGGGGAGUGGCUAGCGGAGGAGGGCGGGGCUUAUGCACAAUGGAGGGAGGAGCCGGUCUAAAUGAAGCGGGAUCCCAGGAUAGUUCUGUCUCCUUUAACAGAGAGCAGAUUAUCGUGGAGGUCAACCUCAAUAACCAGACUUUGAAUGUUUCUAAAGGGUCCGAUGGCAAGGGCGUCACCUCAAGUACCUCAUCCUUCCUCGUUCACCGUCACACCAAUCUUCCCAGUGCGGUGGAGGGUAAGGAACAAGACGAUAAUGAAGAUGUUGGUGAGGAUGAAGAAGAAGAGUAUGAACACAGAAAGGAAGGGAUGGAAAAUUGCAGCAAUGACGAGGACGAUGAGGAUGAAGAAGAGAAUGAUCUCGACAUUCCAGAAACAGGGCGCACUAGCGUGGAAAGACGGCGUGCCACGAGAAUACCAACAGACGCCAUCGGCAUGAGACGGACGCUAAUUGACUCUACACUAGGGGAGGGGAGGAAGAGGAAGAGGAGUAAAGAGCGGGAGAGUCUGGGGCAGAAGGUGAAGCUGGAAGAAAAGCAGCACUUUUCUUGCAAGAAGUGCCCUCGUAUUUUUAACAACCGCUGGUACUUGGAGAAGCAUAUGAACGUCACCCACAACCGCAUGCAGAUCUGCAAUAAAUGCGGCAAGCGCUUUUUACUGGAGAGCGAGUUGCUGCUACACCAUCAGACAAACUGUGAGAAAAACAUACAGUGCGUGACUUGUGGAAAAGCCUUUAAGAAGCUGUGGUCUUUACACGAACACAACAAGAUUGUCCACGGAUAUGCUGAGAAGAAGUUCUCUUGUGAAAUCUGUGAAAAGAAGUUCUACACCAUGGCACAUGUCCGGAAACACAUGGUUGCUCACACUAAGGACAUGCCGUUCACUUGUGAAACGUGUGGGAAAUCCUUCAAACGCAGCAUGUCUCUUAAAGUGCACUCUCUUCAGCACUCUGGAGAAAAGCCCUUCAAGUGUGAGAACUGCAGUGAAAGAUUCCAGUACAAAUACCAGCUGAGGUCACAUAUGAGCAUCCAUAUCGGACACAAGCAGUUCAUGUGCCAGUGGUGUGGGAAAGACUUCAACAUGAAGCAGUACUUCGAUGAACACAUGAAGACCCACACUGGAGAGAAACCAUAUAUCUGUGAGAUCUGUGGAAAGAGCUUCACGAGCCGGCCCAACAUGAAACGGCACCGCCGCACUCACACUGGCGAGAAGCCGUACCCGUGUGGCGUCUGCGGACAACGUUUCCGCUUCUCCAACAUGCUUAAAGCCCACAAGGAAAAGUGCUUCCAGGUCAGCAACCCCAUGGUAUCUGAUUCCACCAACCUUGUGGACUUGGACCCUACGUCAACUGAUAUGGACACGCCGGCCAAUCAGUUACCCAGCCACCCUGUAACCCCUCCCGGUGAGGCGUCUAGUCUCCACCAGGUCAAGUCGCUCUCAUUACCCUUCGUUCACUCUAUUGUAGGUCUUCCAUCUCCCCCGGGCCUGUUUUCCACUGAAAGGGUUAACUCCGGUAACAACUAGUUUUGAAUAUAAGGUUGAAGUUAUUUGGAUUGUUUCUUGUCUGACACCCAAAGCUAGCAGUAGCUCCCCAUGAGCUUUUUGAUUCACAUCCAAUGUGAAUCACUCUCAUAGGAGUUUCCAAACAUGCCGAGUGAGGUCUAAGACUUCCAGCGGGUGUUUGAACAGUGUGUGACACUGAAUAUUCCUUUCAAACUGUGCAAAUUUUCACUUAUCUUAAUCUCAUAGAGAUAUUUUAUAUACUGUUCAAAUAAGCUCCUCGUAUUACAGAAAGAAAACAAAUGUUCUCAUUAUUUUUGUUGUUGUUUAAUGCAUUUUUUGUGAGCUACAGGAUUAGCAUUUAGUAUCGCAUUUCUGCAUUUCACAUGCUCUUGCCAUAGACUUUAACGCUUUGCCAGUUUAGUCUAACAGGUUGAGGUUCUCAUUAGCUGCCGUAUGAAAUAUAGAGACGCACUGAACUCACAGCAGAGGGCGCUGUGGGAUAUGAGCAUUGCGUAGUUUCGGAGCAGCUCUUCAUCCAAUAAACAUGUAGCAGCUGUGUCCCUCUGCCAUAACCAAAUCCAGAUGUAUUGCAGUAACCAAAUCCUGAUAGCUUAUAUGUUCUUACUGAAUAUGAAAUGUAUAAUCACUCCAGCACCUUAUUUUUAAUCGUAGAUGUAUUUAUAUCGUCCUGUCUUCUUCGUAUCCUGAAAGUUUAAAGUUUUGCCACCUUUGUUCUUCUGCAUGUUUGCAGAGGUUUGUUUUUUGAUGCGUCUGUGCAGGGCACAGGUGGGACAAAUGGUUUGUGUCAAAGGUUAUAUGUAGCAGAGACACUUGAGAGUAAUCAAUGUUUGAUGCUUGCUUAAAGGAGUACUUCACCCAAAAAUUUAAAUUUGCUGAGAAUUUACUCUCAGU